GCGGAAAGUCGGCCCGUGCGGGAGCGCGCGCGCGGGCGCGGCGCUCAUUGGCCGAGAACCGGGAGCAGCAGAGCCCGGGUCUGUCGGUGCCGGCGGCGCCUGGAGCCGGUGCCGGGCCCGCUCCCUGUCCCCGAGGAGGCGCUAGGCCGGGCCGCGCCGCGAGGUGCUGGGGCUCGGGCCCAGGCCGGUGCAGCCAUGCAAGAAGCCAUACGUUUUGCCUCAUCAGGAGAUGAUGUUAAAAUAUGGGAUGCCUCAUCUCUAACUGUGGUGGAGCAAUUCAGCCCACAUACACCCCCACAGCCAGUCAGCUCACUGUGUUGGGCCAGCACUAACAGAUACCUGGUCACUGCUUCUGCCACUGGUGAUAAAAUAGUUGUUUCAAGCUGUAAAAGCAAACCUGGUGUACUCUUUGAAAUCGCUGAAGGAGCAAAGCAGACAUGUGUGAGCUUAAAUUCUAGUUCUUCAUAUAUUGUGAGUGGAGGCCUUGAUAACACAGUUCAUAUCUGGGAUCUGAAAUCAAGAAAAGCUUACCGUAGCCUUAAGGAUCAUAAAGGUGAAGUCACAUGUGUUAUGUAUAAUUGGAAUGAUUGCUAUGUUGCUUCUGGAUCUUUGAGCGGUGAAAUUAUCCUACACAGUGUUACCAGCAAUUUAUCAAGUGCUCCCUUUGGUUACGGCAGCCGUCAGCCUAUUCGACACUUGAAAUAUUCAUCCUUUAAGAAAUCCUUGCUGGGCAGUGUUUCUGACAGUGGAAAUGUAACUCUAUGGGAUGUAAAUAGCCAGAACCCAUAUCAUAAUUUUGAAAACACUCAUAAAGCACCAGCUUCAGAAAUCUGUUUUUCUCCAGUCAAUAAGCUGCUGCUUGUAACUGUAGGUUUGGAUAAAAGAAUAAUUCUCUAUGACACUUCAAGUAAAAAGUUACUGACAACAAUAGCAGCUGAUUUUCCUCUGACAACAGUAGACUUCAUGCCUGAUGGUACUACUUUGGCUGUAGGAUGUUCCCGGGGAAAAAUCUGCCAGUAUGACUUACGGCAACUGACAUCACCAGUGAAAACAGUUACUGCUCACAAAGGCUGUGUGAAGUGCAUACGUGUUCAGUUCAGUAGCACUUUUUCUAAGUCUGUCCUUACAGGUUCUUCAAAUAAACCUAUAUCCAAAAAAGUAGAAGUCAAAGCUGGUAGUAAUCUUGGAGGAAUUCAAAAUACUGGCAUCAAAAAUGUUGCUUCUCAAGCAGCAGCAACAGCUUCAUCUCAUCUGACAUUGCCAAGUGAAAAUAAAGGGGGAGAAAUUCUUCAGGAGAAAACAGGCUUUCCUCGUAGUGGCAGCUUGGAUGUGAUUCCAUCUAAAGAAACAGAUCAUGGGAAAAGUGUUAUUUUAAAUAGUUUUGAUGACUUGGAUCGAAGUAGUUUAGGAGACCUCUUUUCUCCUCUAAGAGAUGAUAUUACUGCAAGUAAAGCAACUGAAGAUCCUCAAGGGAAAGUUGAUGCUUUGGAUUUUCAGUCCUGCUUUUUGGGUUUGGAUUUUCUCACACAUCCCACCACUGCCUUUCCAGCAAAAAAAAGCCCAGUGGGCAGCAGUGCACAAGGGCUAUGGUCUAGCCCAUUGCAUGUGCCUGUGGGAUCUCCAAUUAAAGAAGAGGAAGAACAUCCAGAGAUUGACACAAAGAAAACGAAUCUUGGAAAACAAGAGUCUAAAGAAGUCUUAAAGCAGCUUUCAAAGUCAAGCUCAUCAAGUGCCGAAUCUGUAACUUUAAGUCCUCCAUCAUCAUCCACUGCUGUAAAGGCUCCUGAUACAAGUGAGAGACUAGUGAAGAAUAUUCUGGCCCAUCCUGCGUAUGAUCUACCAGUAAACGGUACUACCUCAACAAGUCCAAAGAUAACAUCACCUGUCACUGCUGGAGUUGCUAAUUCAUUGUCAGAAAAAAUAGUAGAAACCAUUGGGAACAGCAGACCAAAUGCACCUCUGACGUCAAUCCAAAUAAACUUCAUUCGGAAUAUGAUACAAGAAACAAUGGAUGACUUCAGAGAAGCAUGCCAUCGAGACAUUGUGAAUUUGCAAGUGGAGAUGAUCAAGCAGUUCCAUAUGCAAUUGAAUGAAAUGCACGCUUUACUUGAAAGAUAUUCUGUAAAUGAAAGCUUAGUAGCUGAAAUAGAGAGACUACGAGAGGAAAACAAAAGACUGAGGACUCACUUCUGAAAGACUUUUGCACCGCUAAUUUUAGUAGCGUGAACUCACUACAGGUGCCUGAGUUGCUCACGACAGAUCAUCCAUCAUCACUGAAGUAUUGUAUGAAGACCUGCUAUUAUUUUGAACGUCAAUCUUCUCUUCUAAACAAAGGGUGUAAGAUACUGUAUGUAAUUAUAAAAUUUGUAAAAGAGAAACACUGUAUAGAGAACGUUUGCGGACACAUGCUAACCACCUUGAAAUACAUCCUUCUAACAGAAAAACUAAAAGGAUAAGUAUAUUAUCAACAAUUUUAGCAAUAUGUGAAGUGCCUUUUUAUAAACAAUCCAGGACAGAUGCCUUUUUUUCUGUAAUUUUUUGAUAUACCCACUUUUCUAUCUGCUACUUUAUUGUACUGCUGUCAGAAACAAUCACUGCAGCUUGCCUUUCAGAUACCUUUCUUGAAGAAAAAGGGGAAAGAAAGCUCACAAUCUGCAUGACAUGGAGCCUUGUUUAUAGGGAGUUGGAAAGUGCAGUAUUCAGUUAACUUUAUUCAACUGGUAACUCUUCUAAUCUGAGUAAAACUAGAGCUUGAGUAUUUCAAAUUCCAUGUCAUGAUCUUUCUUAUUAUAUUCAUGGCUGAAAUUUGGUAUGCUUGUCUGCUGUGAACUUUGUUGUGGUGAGUGCUACUUCAACUGCACAAGUGAGAUUUUUGUUACAAAUUCAGCUAUGAAACUAGAAUUCAUUUCAUUUGCAUAUAUUUGGAUAUUGUCAUAGCUUGUCCAACUUGAAUGCAACUUUAGACUUCAAAAUGGAGGAAUAUUCUGCCACUAAUAACAUAUCGUUGUGUGAAAGGGGUCUUCCGGUCUUUAACUCAUCUUUUGCUCCCUGUUUCCUUUUUAUUUGUAGUGAACAACACUUAAUGCUGAGCAAUUGUGUUACAGUUUGGAAUCUCAUGACUGUAGCCUUUUUGAGGAAGCUGCAUACCAAAUCUAAGUAGUAUCAUAGUUGUAUGAUCAGAUCAACAUACAUGAUUAACAUUAAAGAGAAAUCAUUACUUCAGUAGAAUAAUGGUGUACUUCUGUGUAAACAUUACCAAAAUGAAGCUCAGGAUGAGAUCCUGACUCUGCUGAAGUUUGUCAGAAGUUUGCCUUGGCCUUUAUUUGUGCCAAGAGAUUAAAUGAAAUUAAAACUUCCAUUUUGAAGUAAUUUUAAAAUGAAAUUAAAAUUUAGAAAUGUCUCUGAAAGGCUUCUUCCACGAGUGCAUUUUUGCUAUUUAAAUUUAUCUGGAGGCUCUUUAAUUUUCCUACUAAUAUUUGGUUGUUUCUUUUCACGCAAUCAAAACUCAAACAAGGAAAGUCUUGAGAGAAUCGUCAGUUACUUUUUACAACAUCUAGUGUUUAAAUCCAUGAUGGCACUCUUCUACUAAAUGAGAAAGCCAUAAUAUAUAGUGUAACUUAUUUUUAUAGGUUGUAAAACUUAAAAAAACCCUCAUAUCUGUAUUUUUUUCCAAUCUUUAACUUUUAAAACGAGACUUUUUUCUUACGUCACUUAACGACAAAUACAAUCUUGGUAGCAAAGUGAGGGUGUUCUUUAAUAUUAGGGACAGGACUUUGAAUGUCUGCAGUUCUUAUGCUUUUACAAGCUUUUCAAAGUAUUUCUAUGACAUGUAACUUCAUGGUGAAAGGAAACAAAGUAGGUUAUUUUUUUUCACUAACAUAACACACAAUGUAGGGAACUUUUUUAUAAGCUCCUAAGAUGCAUAAGCUUGACAAUUGACCUCACACUUUGUAAAGACAGUAAUAAUUGAAGGUAACAACAAUAUCUUACUGUCCUUCUACAUGCUUUGUGAUGCAAUCAAGUAACCUUACAUAUUUAUAUCUCUUCAUUUGUUCCCCAAGUGCUCUUGCUAGUAUACCCAGAUGACAGCAGGGAAUUAGACAACUAUCUUGGGUAUUUGGCUUGUAGAUAUCUUGUUUUCUUGACUCAGAACUAUAUAAUGUUUUUCUAAAUUCCCAAAUGGAGGUGAUUAAAGCAAGAGUAAUUAAAAGGAGGUAUUUUGGCCUUUUAAAGCAGAUAUUUUUUUUUUUUAGGGCUUUUCUUCCAUGUCUCAGGUUUACUGUAGCACAAGUGAACUAUUACUGUAGCUACACAUUGAGAGACCCAGUAUACAUACUGCUUACACAGGUAUGUUUUGCCUUGUACACAAUCAGUUUUGUAUGUUAAAAUAAAG